AUGCAAACUUCAGGGUUAAAAAGAGAGAGAUCUAAAGAAAUUCAUGUAAACGUAAAAAGAUUACAAACCGUAGAGUUUGAAGUUAAGAAAGCCCCAUUAGCAGAAUUAAUAAGUUUAAUCCCUGGGAAAGAACAAAAGAUUGAUAUUUAUGAUAAACCCACAACGUCUGUCGGAAGGAGUAGAUCCUGUGAUAUCGUCCUACCUGAAAUAGAUAUUUCAACAAUACAUGCUUAUUUAAAUUUAGUUGAAAUGGAAGUUGAUAACAUUCAAAGAAAAUUAAUAAAUAUCGUUGAUAAUAGUAGAAACGGUACAUUUGUAAAUGGUAAUAAAUUAGUAAAAAAGGAUCAAAUUUUAAAAAAUGGUGACAAAGUUGUCUUUGGUAGGAGUUGCUCAUUUUUAUUUAAAUACCUAACAUGCAGUCAAGAAAACGAAGAGGAUCAUAAUACCACACUAACAGAGAAAUCUAGAGAGAAUACGCUCGUGGAAGGAGGCAGUAUACAAUUAUCAGAAGCUGAAACAGAUUCUCGCCAACAAACAGAUAAAUGUAGUAAUGAAGUAAAGUCUACAGACAAUGACGAUGUCUUUAAAAAACCUCAAUUUGGCUUUACUAGCAGUCAAACAAUGUUGAGAAUGUCAUUCAAACAGCCAAACUUAUCAGUAUUUGAUAAAUAUGUUAUUGGUAAAGAAUUAGGUUCAGGCCAUUAUGCUGUUGUGAAGGAAGGUAUCAAUAAAAAGACAGGAAAAGCUGUUGCUAUUAAAAUUUUUCAUCCUCAACAAAAUGAUGAUCAGAAAAAGAGCCGUCAAUUUAGAGAGGAGACUAAUAUUUUAAUGAGUGUUCAGCACCCAAAUAUUGUGAAUUUACUUGACAGUUUCAUCGAGCCUGUUAGUAAAAUGCAAAUUCAAAAAUAUUUAGUUUUGGAUAAAGUUGAUGAUGGUGAAUUAUUUGAUAGAAUUGUUAAAAAAACUUGCCUAAGGCAAGAUGAAACUAAAGCAUUAUUUUUACAAAUUUUAUCUGGCUUAAAAUAUUUACACAGUAGAAACGUUAUUCACAGGGAUAUUAAACCAGAAAAUAUAUUAUUGAAAAUUACAAGAAGAACCUCCCCAGACCAAAUACAAACUGGACCUUGGGAUGAAGAUGAAGUUGACAUUCAAGUUAAGAUAGCUGAUUUUGGGCUUGCAAAAUUUACAGGAGAACUGCAAUUCACUAACACAUUAUGCGGUACUCCUUCUUAUGUUGCUCCAGAAGUUUUAGUAAAGAAUGGCUAUACUGCUAAAGUUGAUAUAUGGAGUUCUGGUGUCCUACUAUAUGUAUGUCUCUGUGGGUUUCCUCCAUUCAGUGAUCAAUUAGCUCCUCCUACUUUGAAAGAACAAAUAUUGCAAGGAAAAUUUGCAUUUUACUCUCCGUAUUGGGAUGAGAUAGAUGACACAGUUUUACAUUUAAUUUCUAAUUUGUUAGUUGUUGAUCCAACAACUAGGUUUGAUGUAAAUGCGACAUUAAAUCAUCCAUGGUUCCAAAGCAUGUUGCAAGACCAAGAUAGCUUUUCUACUGAAAUUAAGCGCUUACAAAUAAUAGAUAAUAAAAUACCGAAAACAUAUUCCGAGCUAUCCUGCUUAUAA